AGGCCGCGGGGCUGGCGGGCGGCCUGACGUGGCGGGGAGAGGCGGGGUCGGCCUGUGCGCACCAGUCACGGCUGCGCGCCGGCGUCACCACCCCCUCAGCGGGCGGCGGUUAGUGCGCGAGGCCGGCGGCUGGCGUGGGAUCGACGAGGGCGGGAAGGCGCUUAUCCGAACGCUGGCACGGUUUCCUAGAUCUAAAAGAAAGGCUGAGGUAGAGUACCCUUCCAAAAUGGCUGCUAUUAAGGAAGAGAGGGAAGUGGAAGACUACAAGAGGAAAGGAAGACGAUCCUCACAGCAGAAAUACCGUAGACUGAAUAAGGGCCACGAGCCAAAGGAGCCAGAGCAGUUGAGAAAGCUGUUCAUUGGAGGUCUGAGCUUUGAAACAACAGAUGACAGCUUGAGAGAGCACUUUGAAAAAUGGGGCACACUCACGGACUGUGUGGUGAUGAGAGACCCACAAACAAAACGUUCCAGAGGCUUCGGCUUUGUGACUUACUCUUGUGUGGAGGAGGUGGAUGCUGCCAUGAGUGCUCGACCACAUAAGGUUGAUGGCCGUGUGGUUGAACCAAAGAGAGCAGUUUCGAGGGAGGAUUCUGUAAAGCCUGGGGCACAUCUUACAGUAAAGAAAAUAUUUGUUGGUGGAAUUAAAGAAGAUACAGAAGAAUACAAUUUAAGGGAGUACUUUGAGAAAUACGGCAAGAUCGAAACCAUAGAAGUCAUGGAGGACAGGCAAAGCGGAAAGAAAAGAGGCUUCGCUUUUGUAACUUUUGAUGAUCAUGAUACAGUUGAUAAAAUUGUUGUUCAGAAAUAUCAUACUAUAAAUGGACAUAACUGUGAAGUGAAAAAAGCACUCUCAAAACAAGAGAUGCAGACUGCUAGCUCUCAGAGAGCCAAAUAUUUUGUAGGUCGUGGGGGUGGCUCAGGCAAUUUCAUGGGUCGUGGAAACUUCGGAGGUGGUGGAGGGAACUUUGGCCGAGGAGGAAACUUCGGUGGAAGAGGAGGCUAUGGGGGUGGUGGUGGCGGUGGUGGGAGCAGAGGAAGCUUUGGGGGUGGUGACGGAUACAAUGGAUUUGGUGAUGGUGGCAACUAUGGAGGUGGUCCUGGCUAUGGCAGCAGAGGAGGGUAUGGUGGUGGAGGAGGACCAGGGUAUGGAAACCCAGGUGGUGGAUAUGGAGGUGGAGGAGGAGGAUACGAUGGCUACAACGAGGGAGGAAAUUUUGGAGGUGGUAAUUAUGGUGGAAGUGGAAACUACAAUGAUUUUGGCAAUUACAGUGGACAACAGCAGUCUAACUAUGGUCCCAUGAAAGGUGGUGGCAGCUUUGGUGGCAGAAGUUCAGGCAGUCCCUAUGGUGGUGGUUAUGGAUCUGGAAGUGGAAGUGGGGGCUAUGGUGGUAGAAGAUUCUAAAAAUGCUACCAGGAAAAGGGUUGAAUGAAGCUGCUGCUUGACAAAAUGGGCAAUGUCUUGCACAUCCUCUUCAAUUGAAGGUUUCUGACUGGGUAAGAUUUGUAGUGUAUAGUAAAACACUUGCUUAACCCUUAUUUCCUUCUAGGCUUUCCUUUGCCAGCCUUUUGAUACCAAGGAAAGCCUUAAGUACUGAGGAGCAAGUAUUCCAGCCUGUCACUCAGUGCUGCCUGUGCUGGCUGAGGGGUGCUUGCUGCCACAGUGCUGUUCAAGAAUCUUCUGUCCCUGGCAGGUACAAAAUUGCUGUGUGUCCGAGACCAACAAGACCAAAAUGAUAAAUGUUACGAAAUAUGAGCAUUAGUUACCACGGGGAGUGUGCUCAAAGGGGUUUGAGAAAUUGUUUGGUACCUUGUGCUAGAAAGCCGCCUUACAGAAGCCUGGAGAGGUGAAGACGCUGAAGCGGUUCCUUCAUCACAGUUCUCAGCAGUGUGAUGUGCUGCUGCUGCAGUUCUGUAAAGGCUCUUGGCACUGGUUAGAGCAGUGAGUUCUCUCCUAAUUAAUGAGUCUUGGUGUACCAGGUGGGUUUGGAUUUCUCUGUACACUUCAGAGUUCCCUUUCAGGUUUUUGGUGCUUUCAGGCAGGCCAGUUUAGUGGAGGCCAGUGCUGUCACCCAAUACCCAGCUGAAAGCACAACCACGUUUAUACAGAUGAAUGGCAAUGAGAGAACUUACCAUGGAAUCUGCUUUUAUGCACACUGGUUCUUAACUCUUGGAACAUGUAUUUCCUUUUCUGCAUCUUUGAUUGUUACCGAUCUGGAAUAUUUUUAACUGCUUUUAUAUAGUCUAGUAUCUAUUUAUACUGAUGAAUGUAUUUUUGAGUCUGUGACUUCCUUUUGUGAAGUCAGUUUCUAUUUUAGUGUUGGUUAUGCUCCAGUUACUCAGAAAAGAAAGUCAAAUGGGACCUGUGCAUUUCAGUUUAACCUGGGGCUUCUGCAUGUUCACAGACUGAUUCAAGUAUUUAACCUCAUUACCUGCUGUCUGUAAACGUCCAGAAAGCAAGCUGUUGACAUUAUAAUGUACAGUUACAAGUUAACUUGGACGAAGUUUACAAUGCUGACAUUGAGAUUUUCUUGUAAUCAGGAGCUGCUUAGUGGAAAUCUCAACAAUGAAUUGAUAGAUUUUUUUUUUUUUUUUUUUUUUAGAAAAACAUUGGCAAGCAUUUUUGUUGAGCCAGAAUUUUUAAAGUUGCAGUGAGGUGACUGUCCUUAGCGUAGCAUGCUAGGCAGGUUGGUGCUGAGGUGACGAGUGUCCUUACAGCUGACGGUGGAAGCUUUUGCUCUCCUCUGCUGGGCACGGUUCUCUUGGGAGCUCACCCAGGCGCCUGUGCGUGGCAGCGGGUGACAGGGAGCCGCAUCGCUUGCCUCAGGAUUACUCAGUUGAGGGCAAAUGCCUGUGUACCUGGGGGAGGAGGAGUGUUACAAUUUUUUAACAGUAAUGUUUUAACAGAAACUCUAGUUUGCAUCCCAUUAGUAGGCCUGUGUAUAGAACGAAGCUCUGCCCUAACAGGACAGGUUUCUACAUUGCUGCAGACCUGCCUGUGCUGUGGAGAGGUCCUUUUGCACCACACAUAAAACUAGAUACACUGUUAGAAUGAUUUUCACAUUUGCAUUCAUAACAUCCUUGUUAGACUGACUUGCUUAGUUUCAAUUAUUCAUAUCCCAAUUUAUUCAGAAAGAAACAUUGUCAAACACAUCCUGAGGUAGUACUUUGUCAAGUAGAUCUUUGUCCAAGAGUUAAGAACGUGGUUUCACGGCUAAGUUUUUCUGUGGUGGCUGCCAUUGAAAACAGCAGCUGUAACUGGAGAGGUAAAGAUGGGAAGUUUACAAAGAAUUGGUCCCGAAGCUGCAGUUCUGCAGAAGUUUAUUUGAUACCUCAACCUGUGUGUUAAUCUAUACUAAAAGUAAAUGGUACUUUAUAAUGUAUUUCCCCAAAAGGGGCCCUGGUUGAUGCAGAUGCGAUAGGUGUUUUGCUAUUAUAGAACAGUGAAAUUAGACACUGUGUCUUAACGUUGAUAUCCUUUAAAUAUGUAAGGUGGGCAGGGGAAUGCUCCUAGCCUUUCAGACAUUGAUUGUGUGAUGUACUGACUUGCUGUCUUCGGUUCCUGUGUUUAAGACGUUAACAUGUUCUCAUAUGCUGUCUGCACUGCGGUGGAACAUUCACUCACGUAUCAGUCUGUGGUCUCUGACAAGUGUUUGUGUCUUAAAUUGUGUGGAGCAUGAAAGAUCUUGAGUAUCACUAAAAUUCAGGUUAUCUGAUGGAUGAUUCUUUUUCUGCUGUGGGUGCUACAGGUUGACAUCUCUAUCUAAGAUUAGCUUUUUCCUGAACUAAAGUAAUCCAAGUAUCUCCGUAGAAGAAAAAUGGCCUUCAUGUAGAAGAUAAUAUCGCAAGACUGGAACCACAAUGAUCUGUUAAAGUAACUGGCAAAGACUUCAAGAGCAAUGGUGCUAGUGUGCUGCAAUCUUAGAACUUGUGGUUAAACAAGUUUAAAAAUAGCAUGGAAAAAUGAAAUAUUUCAGUAUAGUCCAUAAUGGAUUGAAAUUUGUUAAAAUAUUUCUAUUUUGUAUCAGAAUAAAGUGUACAUUGUCAAAUGACUUACCAUCUAAAA